CACUGUUUUUUAAGGAAGUCAGUCAAUGCGAUGUGACAUGACAAUCUGCAUUAUUAUUUAGCCGAUUCAUAAUAACGCAUGCAUUAAUAACCCAAAGCUCAGGUCGCCGACAUUCGCCAUCUCUCUUUUCAGGUCAUGCAUGCAUCUUGGCCCAUAACCUGUGCCAUAUAGAACCCAACCCCAUUUACACUACAGUGCUGGGAAGGGCAGAGGGGUGUGCUUCCUGACUCUGAAAACCGUCCCUGCUGCUUCAUGUUUCCUAUGCUAACCCUUCUGAGCAUGUUUUACUAUAUUUGUCUACGGCGGCGCUCCAGGAGCGGGACACGGAGUGAGGCGUUGGGAAGCCGGCGGGCGGUGGAGCUGGGCCAGCGUUCGGCACUGCCCGUCACUGUGGAGGUCGAGCAGUACGGUAAGGAGGUCCUGGAUUUCAGCUCCCACUACGGCAGCGAGAACAGCAUGUCCUAUACCAUGUGGAACUUGGCAGGAGUGCCCAAUGUCUACCCGAGCUCAGGAGACUUUACCCAGACGGCUGUUUUCCGCAAUUAUGGAGGCUGGUGGGAGCAGUGCAGCAGUGCCGCGCCCCCAUUCCGCCGUACACCACCCAAUUUCCACAGCAAGGACUACCUGGAGCUGGCCUUUGAGGAGCCUGUCUAUCCCACUGCAGUGGAGGUGCUGGAGACGUACCACCCUGGGGCCAUCGUCAAGAUCCUAGCAUGCUCACUCAACCCAUUCUCCCAGAACCCACCAGCUGAUGUGAGGUGGGAGGUUCUGUGGUCUGGCAAGCCCACCAAAGCUCUGAACCCUCAAGCACGGCAGUUCUCUCCCAGCAUCAGGCAGAUCAGCUUUGUCACCAAUCUCCUGCGCCUGGAGGUGAACAGCUCUGUGCUUGAAUACUACACUGAGCUGGAUGCUGUGAUCCUGCGUGGUGUUCGGGAGAGACCAAUUCUGGCCCUCUAUAAGAUCCCCGUCAUCGACAUCAAUGAUCUGAGUGACAGCGAAGAGGAGAUCAGUGAGGCGGGAGGCCUCUGUUGCCGGUCGGGUGGAGAAAACGGGCACAACCUGAGGAACGGCUACUUUGAUAGACUCCCUUAUGAGCUGAUCCAGCUAAUUGUGAGUCACCUGGCAGUUCCGGACCUAUGCCGAUUGGCUCAGAGCUGCAAGCUCUUUCACAAGCACUGUUGUGACCCACUGCAGUAUAUCCAGCUCAGCCUCCAGCCAUACUGGGCCCGUCUCACUGACACCUCUCUGUGCCACCUGCAGAGCCGCUGCACCCUCCUGCAGAGGCUAAACAUGUCCUGGACAGGCAACCGUGGAGCCGUGACGGCCGCUGGCUUCUGCAGCUUCAUAAAGGCCUGUGGGUUAAGUCUGGUGUGUUUGGAGCUGUCGUGCUGUCAUUUCCUGACUGAAGCGUGUUUAGAGGUGAUCACCCAAACGUGUCCGUGCUUGCAGGAGCUGAAUUUGGCUUCGUGUGACCGUCUACAUCCUCAGGCCUUCAGUCACAUAGCCAAACUCAUUAAUCUGCGCAGACUUGUGCUCUACCGCACUAAGGUUGAGCAAUCAGCCUUAUUGAGCAUCCUCACAUUCUGCCCAGAGCUCAGGCACCUUAACCUGGGAAGUUGUGUCAUGGUUGAAGAUUAUGAUGUUGUGGCGAGCACGUUGAGCACCCGCUGCCAUUCUCUGCGCUCCCUAGACCUGUGGCGCUGCAGGAACCUGAGUGAGCGUGGACUGGCAGAGCUGGUUACAGGCUGCAGGCUCCUGGAGGAGCUAGAUCUGGGGUGGUGCUCUACGCUUCAGAGCAGCUCUGGCUGCUUUCAGCACUUGGCUCGCAGCUUGCCUCGCCUACGCAAGCUCUUCCUUACCGCCAACCGCACUGUGUGUGACUCUGACCUGGAGGAGCUGGCUGCUAACUGCAGCGCUCUUGAGCACCUUGAUAUACUGGGCACACGGAUGGUGAAUCCUGCCUCUCUGAGGAGGUUAUUGCAGUGUUGUCCUCAGCUAAAGCUGUUGGAUGUGUCCUUCUGCUCGCAGAUUGAUGCUCGCUUUGUCCAGGAGCUCAGUGGCCUUUUCCCCAAUGUGUCCAUCAAGAAGAGUUUCACUCAGUAAAACUCAAUCAGUCCUCAGCAGGAGCAGCUAUACAUGUGUACUUUAAGACCCUGGGAAAAGGGGCAUGCUGGGGUGCAUUAUGGUGCUGUGAACUUGUACAUGCUGCCUUGAACUGCACAAAGCUGUGAACUGCCACAUGGAGAUAUUGGGUCGAAGAUGUUCUAGAUGUUUCACUUGCUCUCAGCUUGAAUGGUCUCACUUUUAUUGAAUCUCACACAUUUCAUCAGACCUCAGUUUUUGAUCUUAAUCUCAGGGUUUUAUUUUUGUCUUCAGAAUGAUUGUCUUGGAGAGAGACAUUUGUACUAAGCAGUACAACUGCUGAAUAGUUUGGUUGUAAACAUAACGUAUAAAUGCUCAGUACCAAUGUUUUUAUUUGCAUUGUUAAAUGGUGUGAAAUUGAUAUUGAAUAUUGUAAAAUAAUAUGAUAGUAACAUGGCCUACUAUGAUUAUUUAUUUAUAUAAAUUCAGGGCCACAUUGACAUAAGUGUGGGCACAUAAAUCUUUUGUGGCAAUACCCAGUUUGUGUGAAACUUUGCCCAUAUCUUUCGAGUCAAUCCUGUUAUGCACAUGUAUGUACCACAAUAUAAGCUUUUCUCUUUUGCAAAACUUGACAUUUCCUUUUCCACAGGCACAUGGUAACUGGUACAGUAGAUAAAAAAAUCCUUGUGCCUUAGGUUUGAGAAGUGCUUUGUAUGUUUGCUGGUUGUCUGUAUUGUGGUAUGCUAAAUUGUGAUUUGCCAAAAUCACCCUAAACCAAAGGGUCUUUUUUUAUAUAUAUAAUUUGAUUUUGAAAAACAAGGCAAUGUACUCUAAUUUAUUUAAAGAUGUAGACAAAACAAAGGGGAAAGAAUUUGUUUAGUGAUUUUGGUAUUAAAAAGUUAUUUUUAAUUGCCAGAUUUUUUUGUAUUAUUUUUUUUAAUUGUCCUUUCAAUUUGACGUACCUGUUAUAUGUACUUUACUAGCAUUAUGAUAAACAUACCCUGUAAACAAACACAGUGAAGUAGAAACAACCUAAAAUAUUAUACAGAUUGUAUUUAUGUAAUAUGUAACUGGUAAGUUGUAGUGAAGUACUCUCUUUAUGGAAAUUGUAUUAAUGGGAUAGUUCAGCCAAAAAUUUCAAAUUUUUGGGUGAAAUAUUUCUUUAAAUGUGUGCUGUUUAGGAGCAGGAGGCUUUUAGCAUUGUUUCAGAUCUAAGAUUGACAGUCAUGAGGUCUUGGUUCAAUAAAGUGAGGCUUGAUAACAUUUUGUACUUAUUUUCAUUUGAAAGAUAAAAAUCAAAUGCUGUUGUCUUU